CAGGUUCUUCACCGCAUUCACGAAGUACGACCAUGGGAGGGACACGGGGCAAGCGGGUUCCUGGCAAAAAGAAGCCCAAGUCGGUCAAAGCGAAGGUCACAUCAAAGAUGAGCAGCAAGCGCCGUCUUUCUCGCAUGGGAAAGGAGCUAAAGAAGGGUCAAAAGGGCAUUGUUGCCAACUACAUGACAAGGAGUCAAGUUCUGCGCCGAUUGCAAAUCACUCUGCGAGACUUUCGUCGCCUCUGCAUCUUGAAGGGGAUCUACCCCCGGGACCCGAAGAAGAAGGCCUCCGGGAAGGACAAGGCAUAUUACCACAUCAAAGACGUGGGAUUCUUGUCCCAUGAGCCUCUUCUUAACAAAUUUCGUGAAUUUAAGGCCUUCAUGAAGAAGGUGCGCAAGGCAGUGUCGCGCGGCGACAAAACCUUGGCCGAGAAGCGGGAGGCGACGGCCCCGCAAUACACCCUCGACCACUUGGUCCGGGAGCGGUACCCCCGCUUCGACGACGCGCUGGGAGACCUCGAUGACGCCCUCUCCCUCGUCCACCUCUUCGCGACUCUGCCGGCGGACGGGCCCGUGCAGGCGGCGAGAACGGAGCGAUGUCGGCAGCUUGCCUUGGAGUGGCAGUACUUCGUGGCCCGCGCGCACGCCCUGACCAAGGUCUUCGUCUCGGUCAAAGGCGUGUACUUCCAGGCGGAGGUGGGCAGGCAGCCCGUCACCUGGAUCGUCCCGCACGCGUUCACGCAGGUGGCGCCCCCGGACGUGGACUUUCGGAUCAUGCUCACCUUCCUCGAGUUCUACGAGACGCUCCUCAAGUUCACCCUCUUCAAACUCUACCACCGGCUCGACAUGGCCUACCCCCCGGCCUUCGACGGGCGCUUGGAGGAGUGUGGCGUCUACAUGGCCGCCGUGCGUGGGCUGCCCUUGAAGGGAGCCGGGGGCCUCCUCACAGCAUCCGCCUCGGAGGGGCAAAGUGAUCGGACAGGGUCGCCGGAAGCGGCUGCCGCUACUCCGAACCGGAAGGUGAAGGGGUUGGAGGCGAAGCUAGCGCGACUCGCGGCGGGGAAAGGGGAAGCAGGG